AUGGAAGCAGCUAAUGAAAUUUUGAAACAAGUUGUUCCGAUUCUGAUGAUUCCCGUUAACAAUUAUUUGCGCUACAUCAUUUCCAGCACGCAAUAUGUGAGGGACAUGACUAUCAAAUUAAGGGAGUUAAACGAAGCAAGUGUUGGUAUCAAAGAGCACAUGACACGGAACACUAGUAGCCAUCUUGAGGUUCCAGCCCAAGUCUCAGGUUGGUUAGAUGAUGUAGAAAAAAUCAAUAGGAAAGGGGAAAAUGUUCCUCGUGAAGUUGGUGGUUGCGUCAAUCUAAAGAUUAGGCUCAAGGCCGGAAGGAAUGCCUUUGAGAUAAGUGAGGAGAUUGACAGUGUCAUGAGACGGCUCUCUCUAAUCACUUGGACUGAUCAUCCCAUUCCUCUGGGAAGAGUAGAGUCCAUGCAGGCAUCCACCUCCACACCUUCAAUUGAACACGAUGAAUUUCAAUCAAGAGAGGUGACUUUUGUAGAAGCACUGAAAGCACUUGGACCGAACCACAAAGGUCACAUGAUAGCCUUAUGUGGGAUGGGUGGAGUAGGGAAGACCACGAUGAUGAAAAAGAUAAAAAAUUUUGUGGAAAAAAAGAAAAUGUUUAAUUAUGUUGUUAUGGCUGUUAUAGGGGAGAAUACAAACCCUAUUGCUAUUCAGAAAGCUAUAGCAGAUUACCUCUGUAUAGAGCUAAAUGAAAGCACUAAACCGGCAAGAGCGGAUAAACUUCGUCAAUGGUUCAAGGACAACUCUGAUGGAGGUAAGAAUAAGUUCCUCGUAAUACUCGACGAUGUUUGGGAAUUCGUUGAUCUGGAAGAUAUUGGUUUAAGUACUCCUCUUCUAAAUGAAGGUGUCAACUUCAAGGUCUUGCUUACAUCACGAAAGAGAGAUAUUUGCAAUAUGAUGGGAGUUGAAGCUAAUUCAAUUCUCAAUGUAAAAGUCUUAGAAGAAGUAGAAGCACAAAAUUUGUUUCUCCAGUUCGUAGAAAUUGCUGACCGUGAGCUCCAUCAGAUUGAGGUAGAUAUAGCAAGGAAGUGUUGUGGUUUACCCAUUUCCAUCAAAACCAUAGCCCUUACUCUUAGAAAUAAAAGCAAGGAUUCAUGGAAGGAUGCACUUGCCCGUUUAGAGGAACAUGACAUUGAAAAUGUUGUGAAUGAAGUUUUUGAGAUGAGCUAUCGCAAUCUCCAAGAUGAGGAGACCAAAUCCAUUUUUCUUCUUUGUGGUUUGUUCCCCGAAGACUUUGAUAUUCAUACUGAGGAGUUGAUGAGGUACGGAUGGGGCUUAAACUUAUUUAAAAAAAUGUAUACCAUAAGAAGGGCAAGAACAAGGUUGAAUGCUUGUAUUGACCGACUCAUGGAUUCAAAUUUGUUGAUCGAAAGCAAUUUUGUUGGGUGUGUCAAGAUGCACGAUCUAGUGCGUGCUUUUGUUUUGGAUAUGUAUUGUAAAGCCGAGCAUGCUUCAAUUGUCAACCAUGGUAAUAUGUCUGGGUGGCCUAAAAAUAAUAUGAACAACUCUUGCAAAACAAUUUCGUUAACAUGCGAUAGUAUCUUUGAGUUUCCAGGAGACCUCAAGUUUCCAAACCUAACGGUUUUGAAACUUAUGCAUGGAGAUAAGUCAUUAAGGUUUCCUCACGACUUUUAUAAAGGAAUGGAAAAGCUCCAAGUUAUAUCAUACGAUGAAAUGAAGUAUCCAUUGCUUCCCUCGUUACCUCAAUGCUCCAUCAACCUUCGAGUGCUUCACCUCCAUCAAUGUUCAUUAAAGAUGUUUGAUUGCUCUUCUAUUGGAAAUAUGUUGAAUCUGGAAGUGCUUAGCUUUGCUAAAUCUUGCAUUGAAUGGUUACCUUCCACAAUCGGAAAUUUAAAGAAGCUAAGGCUACUCGAUCUGAGAGAUUGUAAUGGUCUUCGUAUAGAACAAGGUGUCUUGAAAAAAUUAGUCGAACUUGAAGAACUUUAUAUUGGAAAUGCAUAUGGGUUUAGAGAUGAUAAUUGCAAUGAGAUGGCGGAGCGUUCAAACAACCUUUAUGCGCUAGAAUUUGAGUUCUUUAAUAACAAUGCUCAAGUGAAGAAUAUGUCAUUUGAGAAUCUUGAACAAUUCAAGAUCUCAGUGGGGCGCUCCUUAGAUGGAAAUAUUAGUAAGAGUAGCCACUCGUAUGAAAACACGUUGCAGUUGGUGACCAACAAAUGUGAAAUAUUGGACUCUAAACUUAAUGAGUUGUUUGUGAAAACAGAGGUGCUUUGUUUAAGCGUGGAUUGUAUGAAUGAAUUGGAAGAUGUUGAGGUGAAGUCGACACAUCCUCGUCAAUCCUCUUCAUUCUGCAAUUUAAGAGUCCUUAUUGUAUCUCAGUGUGGAAUGUUAACAUACCUUUUCAAACUUUGUGUUGCAAACACUUUGUCAAAUCUUGAGCAUAUGGAAGUUUACGAAUGUGACAGUAUGGAAGAAUUAAUAAAUAAUGGGACUGACGGUAGUGGAAAAGAUACAAUUUUAUUCCCCAAGCUGAAGUUUUUAUCUUUGGGUGGACUACCGAAACUAUUAGGUUUGUGCAAUAACGUCAACAUUAUCAAGCUACCACAACUCGUAGAGUUGAAACUUAAGGGCAUUCCACGUUUCACAUGCAUUUACACGCAGAACAAGAUGGAAACAUCUAGUUUGCUGAAGGACGAGAUUGUCAUUCCUAAAUUGGAGACACUUCAAAUUGACGAUAUGGAGAAUUUAAAGGAAAUAUGGCCUCAUCAACUUAGCAUAGGUGAGGAAGUUAAGUUGAGAGAGAUUGAAGUGAGAAAUUGUGAUAAACUUGUGAAUCUAUUUCCGUACAAUCCCAUGUGUCUGUUGCAUCAUCUUGAAGAGCUUGAAGUUGAGAAUUGUGGUUCCAUUGAGUCGUUAUUCAACAUCGACUUGGAUUGUGUUGGUGAAAUUGGAGGAGAAGUUUGCAUCAGUGGCAGCUUGAGAAGCAUUGGAGUGAUGGAAGUAAAGAAACUAAGAGAAGUGUGGAGGAUAAAAGGUACAAAUAACUCUCAGUCCCUUAUAUGUGGCUUUCAAGCUGUUGAAAGCAUAAGCAUUAAGAGAUGUGUGAGGUUUAGAAAUGUAUUCACGCCUACCACCGCCAAUUUUGAUCUGCGGGCACUUUCGAAUAUUUUGAUAUAUGAAUGCGGAGCAAAUAGGGGAAAUGACGAAUCGAAAGAGAGUAGCCAAGAGAAAGAACAGACUAAUAUUCUGUUAAGGGAAGAAACAUUUGGCAGUAUUUCUAAUGUUGUAUUACCAUCAUCCGUCAUACACUCUUUUCAUAACCUCCAUAAUCUUUACUUGAACAAGUAUGAAGGAGUGGAGGUGGUGUUUGAGAUAGAGAGUCCAACAAGUAGAGAAUUGGUAACAACUCACGAUAAUCAACAACCACUACUUCCCAACCUCGAGGAUUUGAAUCUAAAUCAAAUGGACAACAUGAGCCAUGUGUGGAAGUGCAACAACUGGAAUAGAUUCUCCAUUCUUCAAAAACAACAACCUGAAUCCCCAUUCCGCAACCUCACAACCAUAUGUAUUUAUCGUUGCAGAAGCAUUAAGUACUUGUUUUCGCCUCUCAUGGCAGAACUUCUUUCCAACCUGAAGAAAGUCAAGAUAGAACAAUGUUAUGGUAUUGAAGAAGUCGUUUCAAACAGAGAUGAUGAGGAUGCAGAAUUGACGACAUUUACAUCUACAUCUACUCCCACAAGCACCAUUUUGUUCCCUCAUCUUCAUUCUCUCACUCUAAGUUUCCUGAAAAAUCUGAGGUGUAUUGGUGGAGGUGGUGCCAAGGAUGGGAACAACGAAAUGUCUUUCAACAAUACCACCACAACUAGCGCUUUUGUUGAUCAAUUUAAGUUUAUUGAAGCAGGUGGUGUUUCUUGGAGCCUAUGCCAAUACUCUAACGAGAUAAGUGUAUAUGGAUGUGAUGCAUUGUCAAGUGUGAUUCCAUAUUAUGCAGUAGGACUAAUGCAAAAGCUUCAAGUGCUGAAAAUAACGUUUUGCAAUGGGAUGAAGGAGGUAUUGGAAACUCAAGGGAUGAGUAGCAACAACAAGAGUGGUUGUGAUGAAGAAAUUCCAAGAGUAAAUAACGUUGUUAUGCUUCCCAAUCUAAAGAUACUGAAUAUUGAAUGGUGUGGCCGUUUGGAACAUAUAUUCACAUUCUCUGCACUUGAAAGCCUGAGACAACUCCAAGAAUUAACAAUACGGAAAUGCAGAUCAAUUAAAGUGAUUGUGAAGAAGGAAGAAGAUGCAUCUUCUAAGGAGGCUGUGGUCUUUCCUCGUCUCAAGUCCAUUGAACUAGAAGAUCUACCAGAGCUGGUGGGUUUCUUCUUGGGGAUGAAUGAGUUUCGGUGGCCUUCAUUGGAUAAGGCAUACAUACUCUUGGAGAAUGUGGCCUUAACUUUCAUGUUGCGAAUCAUCAGACCCUAUUCCCGAGUUUACACGGUCGUACCCUGCUACUUCAGAAGGAACAAUUUGCUGCAAAAGCUGGAAAAAAUCUGUGUGAGUAAUUGUGAGAUGGUAGAUGAGAUAUUUGAAACAGCAUUGGAAGGAUCAAGGAUAAAUAGAAAUAGUAGUAGUGGAGAUGGACGUGGUUUUGAUGAAUCAUCACAAACUACUAUCCUUGUUAAUCUUCCAAACCUAACGCAACUGGAGUUAAAGUAUUUAUUUCAUCUCACCAAUAUAUGGAAGAGCAAUCAGUGGACAAUAUUUGAGUUUCCAAGCCUAACAAGAGUUGAUAUAAGUUGGUGCAACAGUUUAGAACAUGUAUUUACCAGUUCCAUGGUUAGUAGUCUAUUGCAACUCCAAGAGCUAAGUAUAUUCAACUGCAGUCGGAUGGAGGAGGUCAUUGUUAAGGAUGUAGAUGUUGCUGUAGAAGCCGAAGAAGAAUCUGAUGGCAAGAGGAAUGAGAUGCUUGUGUUACCUUGUCUAACGUCCUUAAAACUUGAAAGGCUUCCAUGUCUUAAGGGGUUUAGCUUGGGGAACGAGGAAUUUUCAUUCCCAUUAUUGGAUACUUUGAUAAUCAAGGGAUGCUCUGAAAUAACGACGUUCACCAAGGGAAAUUCAACUGCUCCACAGCUAAAAGAAAUUGAAAUAAGUUUCGGUUCGUUUUAUGCAGGGGAAAACAUCAACUCCUUUAUAAGGAUCAACAAGAGGAAUUCAACAAAGGCGAAGACUCUAUUAAUGUGAAGUAAAUACUAGAGCUAAAUUCUAUUUAUAUUAAUGUCCUUUUAAUUCAUGAUUUUCAAAUCUUCUCUUCAUGAUGAUGUGAAUAUUCUAAUACCCCCUUCUUAGUGAUAGCAUGUCAUUAUUAUUAUUAUUAGGCGAAUGCCCGUUAGUUGCGC